GCCAUGAGCUUGCCCAUUGGGCUUUCACAGAAUCCUCCGAGCCCGGUUCUACCGUCUUCUUCUCCCCCGAUUGAUUCUGAUAGGCACAGAAAUAAGAGGAAAGACCAGAGACUUACAAGGGAAGGUAUGAAGAAGUACCUGCGAGAACGAGGAGACAUGGUUCUGGUGAUCCUGCACGCAAAGGUAGCGCAGAAAUCCUAUGGCAACGAGAAGCGAUUCUUCUGCCCGCCGCCCUGCAUCUACCUGUUGGGGGAUGGGUGGCGGCGGAAGAGGGAGCAGCUGACCAGGGAGCAGGGGGAGGGGGGAGAGCAGCUGUGCGCCUUCAUCGGCAUCGGCAACUCGGACCAGGAGAUGCAACAGCUGGACUUCGGGGGCAAGUCCUACUGCGCCGCCAAGACGCUCUACAUAUCGGACUCGGACAAGAGGAAGCACUUCAUGCUCUCCGUCAAGAUGUUCUAUGGCAGUGGGGAGGACAUCGGCGUCUUCCACAGCAAGCGGAUCAAGGUGAUCUCCAAGCCCUCGAAGAAGAAACAGUCCAUUAAGAACGCGGACCUGUGCAUCGCCUCUGGGUCCCGGGUGGCGCUGUUCAACCGCCUGCGCUCCCAGACGGUGAGCACCCGCUACCUGCACGUGGAGGGGGGCUCCUUCCACGCCUCCUCCUCCCAGUGGGGGGCCUUCACCAUCCACCUGCUGGACGACGCCGAGAGCGAGUCCGAGGAGUUCGGGGUGCGGGAGGGGUAUGUGCAUUACGGGUCCACUGUGAAGCUGGUGUGCUCGGUGACGGGCAUGGCCCUGCCGAGGCUGGUGAUCCGCAAGGUGGACAAGCAAACGUCGCUGCUAGACGCGGACGACCCCGUCUCCCAGCUGCACAAGUGCGCCUUUUACAUGAAGGACACCGAGAGGAUGUACCUCUGCCUCUCGCAGGAGAGGAUCAUACAGUUCCAGGCAACUCCAUGUCCCAAGGAACCGAACAAAGAAAUGAUUAAUGAUGGAGCUUCUUGGACUAUCAUUAGCACAGACAAAGCAGAGUACACAUUCUGCGAAGGGAUGGGCCCUGUUCGAUCCACUGUGACGCCAGUCCCAUUGGUGCACAGUCUACACUUAAAUGGUGGUGGAGAUGUUGCCAUGUUGGAGUUAACAGGAGAAAAUUUUACUCCAAGCCUUAAAGUUUGGUUUGGUGAAGUUGAAGCAGAGACGAUGUACAGGUGUCAGGAAAGUAUGCUGUGUGUCGUUCCUGAUAUUUCUGCAUUCAGAGAAGGCUGGCAGUGGGUGAGGCAACCAACUCAGGUCCCUGUGUCGUUGGUGCGAAACGACGGCAUCAUCUACUCAACGGGCCUAACCUUCACCUACACUCCCGAGCCUGGUCCUCGCACCCACUGCCCCCAGGUGGAACAGGUACUGAGGCCACAUGCCAGGGAGCAGCAAAUACCCCUCUACUCUGGUCCAGAACAUCCCCUGGGGUAG